AUGAAGUGCAAAAUUGACACACCCCGAUUGAAGAAUCCGCUUUUCUUUAACUACCGUUUUCGAUUGAGGCAUCCAGAACACUUAUCAGCUCUGCACUACGAAUGCAUCGCCCGCGCCAAAGUAGUGAGUGAUCGUUCAGGAGUCCAUAUUCCUGACGAGAUCGCUUCUUUAGUCACGGAAACUGCUUUUCGCUUCGCUCAAAUGCUUACUACUGACUUGGAAUCAUUCGCCCACCACGCCAAAAGGUCUACGAUCAAUCAGGACGACGUCCUUCUUUUCGCUCGUCGUAAUCCUCAAUUACGCAAGUUUUUGAAUGAAAAAUUGGCAACAUUUGAUGAUGCUGCUGACGCAGACGACAACAUGGAAUUGCAGUUAGUGAAGCGAAGCGCACGACAAAAAGUAAAAAAUGCAAAGAAAUCGCUUGAAAAGUCUUUUACAGUGUCACCCCUAAAGACCUACUUCGCUCGUGCGGAGACGGUUGCUACAACUUCUGCUGUUACUUCACCUUCGGUGACUUCAGUAAAGAACUCGCCAGUUCGCCUGGAGAGGGUUCCCUCAACUCCCAAUGUCAAACGCAAGGUGGUGUCGCCUUUGAAGAGGGCUCUUUUGGAAACUGCUCUUGCUCCCAGCCAAAAGACUCCAAGCUCCUCCAGGACUGCUGAAGCCAUGGUAAUAUCGCCCCAAAAGACGUCCGAGAGAGUGGACUCCCCCUUGCCUACUGUGUCUACACCCGUUAAGGAUGAUCGUCAACAGCCCGGCGCUGGACCGUUAAGGGUCUCGCUUCUUGACAGUGAUGAUGAUUUCUCCACUAUCUUUGACGACGUUGGAGACGUUUAG